AUGUACAACAAAAGAAGCUAUGAAUUAGAUGAUGCUCAGAUUGCUGCUCUAUUGGCAAACGUGGGUAGAAAUUAUAGUCAACAACAACAACAACAACAACAACAACAGCAACAACAACAACAGCAACAACAACAACCUAGUUCAACGCUGGUAGAAACUAGUUUAUCACCACUUAAGCAAACUAGAAGAAUACAACCAAAUCAAGUACCUUCCUCUACUACCACUACUUCUUCUUCUUCUUCUUUGCUAGAGAUCAAUCCAAUCUUUCAAAAUGCAUCACCCAUCACAUUGACUACUUCUUCUUCAACCUGUGCUUCACCAGACAAAAAAAGAGAUAGAGAUGACCAACAAGAUGAUCAACUCACAGCAGUCAUGUCUUCAAUAAGUUUAUCAACAACAAGGAAACCAAAGAAAAAGAGAAAGAUACCAAUGUUAUUAAUUGAACUAGGUCCAUUGUCCUUUUUGAUUAAUACUCCACCAUCCCUUAUCGCUCCAUUUUAUUUUCAGCUGACCAAUUGGUUGGCUAUUGAAAAAUCAAACUCGAAUCAAAGUAAUAAUAAUAAUCGCUCAUUUCAACUCUGUGAGCAAAAUAUAAAACAAUUGGAACAACAUUGUGAAUCGCCAAAACUACUUGUAGAUUAUAUAAACAGUAUUGAAAAUAGAUCAAAAUUGAUUGAACAAAUGAAUACAAUCAAUUCAUUAUUGUUUUUCGAUAAUGUAACCGAUGAAUUGUUGGACCAACCAAACAAUAAGAUUUUGAAAUUACAAAAAGAACUUUGGUGGGUAAAGACUGUGAAUAAAUGGUUUUCGAAAAAGCAAGACAACAAAAAAAAGACCAACCAUAGCGAUUGGACACCACUAAAGAAAUGGUUGGCAUUGUUGGUUGUCGAGUUGUGGUAUAGAUUCGUUUGGGCAAGACACACACAAUUGGUUUACAAUCAAUUAAAAGGUGAUGGUAUUCAUAUUGACCAACAUAAACAUUCACAUGUUUUCAAUCAAAAAGAUGUCAUCAAUCUUUUUGAUUUGGGAAUUAAAAAAAAGGAAUCUGAUUCUUCUUCUGAUGAUGAUGAAGAGGAGGAGGAAGAGGAAGAUGAAGAUAAAGAUUUUAAUGUAAAUAAUAUUGUACUAGAGAAUAAUAAUACAAAAAAUAAUAAUAAUAAUAAUAAUAUAACCAAAGAAUGUCAAUUGUUGGACAAGGAUGAGGAAGAGGAUGACGAUGAUGAUGAAGAUGAUGAAGAUGAUAAAAUUCAAGAGGAUGAAAUCAGUACUGAAGAUGCAGGAGGAGACCAACUUGAACAAAACUUUCAAAUGGUACCAAAGGUUGUUUCAUUAUUUUUUAAUCACCCUUCAAUGACAGAGACCAUAAAUGACAUUGAAGCAGAGUUUUGGGAAAAUGGAGAGUGGAAUAUCAAAAAGGCUUUUGAAACAUUCAGUCAUAUCGUUCACAGAUAUCAUAGAGAUAAGAUCAAGAUACCAAUUCACCCAAUAGGUGACUACCAUCAUUCAAUCAAGAGUCGUCUCAUCAAACAGGGUAUCUUUAAUACAGAGGUUGAAAAGAUCGUAGAAACUCUUGAUAGAUUGGUAGAAGAAAAACAAUUAUUGGUUGGCAAUUUAGAAAAAUUGCAAUCUUCCUCCUCCUCCUCCUCUUCUUCCUCGCAACAACCAUCUUCUUUUGUUAGCAAAGAUAUAUUUAAAAGCAUAAUCGAAGAUCAAACUGCCAGACAGAGAUAUUUGGAUCAGUUGAUUGAAACAUUGAAAAGAGAAUACCACAGACUGACCAAAACUAUAGAUGACGAUGGUGAAAAUAAAUAA